GAAACAGAAACCCUCUGGACAAAGGAGUUCCUUCUUGAAGGUUGGGACGGCAACUGCCAAAAAAACCAGAACGACCCCAAACUCCGUCAUACAUAGAAAAAUGAACACAAAGGGUACAAGAGGCAUUAUUGGAACAAAGCAUCUGUGAUGACAUCCAUGAGUGAUCUAAGCUCGCAGAGGAAGAGUUUCAAGUGAGCUGCCGAAGGCAGAAGACAGUCCGCAGCAGUUCUAAGUCACAGAUGAGACAUAGCAACCUUUGGGAUUAUUGCUUAGCAACAUCAAACACACACACACAGGAGUAAAACUCGCCGCCUGGCUCCACAGCAGGACCGAGAAAUCCCUAAUUCGCAUUGAAAUAUGGCUGCUCAGCCAGAGGAAGAAGCCCAAAACUCUGGACUGAAACUCCCCAAACUCAGCGUCAAGAACAAACCUGUCAGGGAGGAAAGGAGAAGCAAAGAGACCAGUGAGUUCCUGUGCCCCAGAAGCGGUGCUCAGUGGAAAGAGACUUUCUAUGAGAAAGUACAGCAGAGAGCACUGAGUCUGCAGCAGACAAAGGUGGAACAGUUUCAGGCCUGUAAGGCAGAAGAAGAGAAGAUAAAAAAGAAUGAGCCUCUGGACUGGCUGUCCAAGGAAUGGUUCAGUGACGAGAAGGAGACGCGGGAUACCCGGGCCUAUUUGCUCGACAAACUCUUACCUACAUUAGUCCCAGGAGUGGAAAAACUGCUAAUGGAAGUGGAAAGAAAGAAGGUGCUUGACACCAGCACAGAUCCGCCCAAGUUUGACCCCAUUCAUUUCCUAGGCGAGUAUCUGAUGAGGCAUAACCCUCGGUUUGACAUUUCUGCAAGACCGGGUCCCUACCUGAGAGGGAUGAAGAUGGUUAUGGAAGAGCUGAAAACAGAGGUGCCUGACACAGCACUGAACAGGCUAGCCAGGAUGAAGUCAGAGGUAAAGAGAAAACGUGAGCAAAGGGAGCAGGUGGAGAGAAUCAAGUCUCAGGUGACAGAGAUGCGGAAGAAGGCCCUGGCAGUGCAGUUCAAGGAGUGGACGUUGGAUGUCAGUGGAAGGAUACCGCUCGCACUGGUUCAGAGUGCCCUGAGGUCAUUUCUGGAUGUUGUCUCUUCUGCUUCCCCGGGUGCUGGACUAGGGAUCUACGACAGAAAGCUGGAAACCAUAGACACGCUGGAAGAAAAAGUGAAUGAAGAAAAAUUUAUAGAGUACGUGCAUUCUUACAUCCAAAAUUUUACAAGUGACAUGUUCCAGGAGUUCCUGAAGCACCUCUGCCAGUGCGCAGAUGAACUCCGAGAUACGAUCAGACAUAACACCUGGAGGCAGAUGUUCACUGAUCUCUUCCUGGACUGUGCUCAUGGGAAGGUUGGCCUCUUGGACAGACGGAGGAUACUGGCCUUACUGGAAGACUUCUAUGAGAGCAGCCCGGUGCUUGCUAAGAGAGGAUUCCGAAAUCCAAGACAGUGGCCAAUAAUUGAAUUGCAAGAGAUGGAGCUUGCUGAGUUCUGGGGAGACUUCAGUGGUGGACAGAUUGCUUCCGCAGAGUCCAGGGAAACAUUUGCUUGGCCUCAGACAGAAGUUUCUAAGGGAGAGACCCUACCACCUGAACCUCUACCCAGCAGUGGACCAGCUACAGAUAAGCCUAUGGAGGAGUCGGAAUGGCCUGGGGCAACCCAAGAUGAAACGGGGAACCCGGAAAAGGUGGCCACAAGUGAGUCUGCGACAAGCAGUAUCCAUACAGAGGAACCUGGCUGGACUGCGAAGUUGUCUGAGACUAUUCCAACACCAGCCCAUGAAGCAGUGAAUACAGUCUCGGAGGAGAGCCCUGCUGCCGAGGGGCAAGUGAGCCAGAAGAGAUCUUGUGCUACUACAGAGACCGAAGAAACCAUCCUGUCACCCAGCCCACAAACGCCAAACACACUCCUGAGAGAGGAAUUGAGUGAGGUGAGCCAAGAGGAUGCAAAGGGAGGAACCACCGUCCCUGAACCCAGCAGUUCAGAUGGGGAUGUCACCUUUAGCCAUGAGACUGCUUCGAGUGAGGCAGCCAGGAUGGACCAACAGCCGGAUGCUGAAAGCCCAGGGAGCUCAAAAAAACCUUUCUCAGAGCCAGCUUCUGCAGUCAGCCAGGAAAAACUCUCUAUGGCUGAAGAACCAAGCAAGCCUGUUCCUGGCCCGGACUCUGAAGAUCAGCAUAUAAUCUGGGACGGAGAACCUGGUUCAGAAGGACAGCUCGGUCAGAAAGAAUAUGCUUCAUCUCUAGAACCAAGCGGGACAGUUCCUGUUCCAGUACCAACGCCUGAAGUGGAGAACAGAGUCGCAGAAGAGGGUGGGGAAGCAGGGGCAUCUCUGGCUGCGUCCGAACCAGAUGUUGAAGAGGAAGCUGUAGCACUGGGGAAAGAAAGCCCUGCAGGCAAAGAGGGUGAUGCAGAGGCACAGGUCACUCCCUCAGGAUCACGGCAAAGUAGAGACACCGUGCUGCAGGCUGAAGACGCUGCCCUGCUGUGUGAGCAAGACCAGCGUCAAGAUCCAUCGCAUUCCCCAAGACAAGAAGCAUUUGAUGAAGCAAGCCAGGGGAUAGACCAGAUUCCCUGGUCAGGUGACCUUCUGACGUCUAACCUGAGUUUCGGGUAUAGCAGUUAUGGUGACCAAAUUCCAGAGGACUGGAACAACGAAAACUCCAGAUUUCCAGACUUGCGUACGAUCAUGGCAGAGAUUCAGACCCGUGGUGCCUCCCGAGCCAGGAGUGCCUUUGACCAGAGCUGUCUCAACCUGCCACAGUUCGUACAGCUCAUGGAGACCUUUGUUGGUGAAGACACCCCUCUGCCUACUGUGAAGAGACUUGUUGCAUUCAUAAAAAGAGGCUACAUACAGACUGAAGAGGAAAAACUUGAACAAUUGGAAAAAGUUCACCGUGAGUCUCUCUUGGCCCGACGGAAACUGCUCGUGGAGGCUCUUUUCGAGAAGUGGGACAGUGAGGGCUCUGGGUUCCUAGACCUGAAAGAGGUGGAUUCUGUGCUUUGCAUGUUUAAGGAGGGAAUGGAAAAAGAGGCUCUGAAGAAGGCAAAGAAGCACUUCCAUUCAUCCCACCGGCACCCCAGUGGAGUGGCAAGGUUGUCGCCAAAGGAAUUCCAGACUUACCUGGAGCUGGUCGUUUCCGAGCUGACCGGGAAUGAGGACGAAGUCCUGGAGAACAUGGUGGAGUUUCUGACCAUGAGCGUGGAGCGAACCCACGUGGAACAGCUGCGAGGCUCAGCCAGGAGGAAGUGGCUGCUCAAUAUCCAGCACGCGGCCGAGACCAGCGGGACAAGCAUGGAACCGGUUUACAAAGCAGUCUUCAGAGCCCUGUCCCAGGACACAGAAGCCCAUGGGAAUAACAAGAAGAUCAGUGCGUAUAUCGCCCUUCUGGAAAAGAACCGGCUCUCACCCGAGCGGGGAAACAUUCUCCUGCGCUAUGUGGCUUGUACUGCAGAAGAUGCCCCGUACGUUCUCAACCAGACACUUCACAUGGACAUGAAAGGAGUCAGCUUUGUGGCAGUGGAGGAGAGGAAGCCGAUCCACGUUCCAAGAGUUCAGCUCCAUGGAAAUAUCCACUUCUGGAACUGCAACCGCCCAGAAGAGGAAAGGAAAGGCUCCUUCCUGGUGCUGCCAUUGCAGGACUCCCGAUGGAGAGUCUUUGGGAUUCUAGGACUUGACACGCUCCAGGACCAGUGCGAGCAAACCAUCUUCCUAACCCACGAGAUCAGCUUCUACCAGGGCAUUUCCCAUGCGUUCAGCAAAGCCUACCACCACGUCUGCACCCUGGAAAACAUAAUGCAGGUUGCAUUCGCUGCUCUGGGCUGGCUGCACCCCAGGGCCCCCACCAUCCGCACGGUCACGACAUACCUCAUGGAGCCCGGCAGAGACGAGAUGUGCGACUAUGCUUUGCGCAAGAUGAUGACCACAGAUCACUCAGGGCAGAUAGACAUCCACUCCCCUCCCGCUCUCUUCAGCAGGAAAGAAAACAUCUUCAGGGGUUACCUGUUCAAGUGCGCAGACAGCUCUGGGGUCAUUAGCGCCUAUGUCUAUGGAGAACAUCACAUUGCCGUUCCACUCCGGGAGCCAUCGGGAGAGACCCUUGGGGUGUUUGAUCUCAUCACCGGACCCCGCCAGGGGUUACCACCUCCUGAGCACAAAGACCUGCAGGCCAUGCUAAAGAUGGCCCAAGCUGCCUGUUGGGAACUGCUGAGGGAGUCGGCAGGGGAAGGAGGGCCAAGCUGCGUCUUAGAGGCAGAACACGUGGCAGAUGUGAGGAGUGCAGGGGUACUUUUCCAUCGACUCAUGCUGCAGGACCUGCGUGAGUGUGUCUGGAAGCUCAGUCCCAAGUUCUUUGCUGAAAUAAAGAGCUACGUAGAGCCUCCGGCUGUGGUGCAUAACAUCUUGAAGGCUGUGCUGCUGCUUUUCUACCCCCAGUGGAAGGGCUCAGAGAAGACUGAGAACUGGAGUCAGUGUGCGCUGAAACUCGAUGGUGAUUUGAUUCAGAAGAUUUACUGCUUUGAUCCGACUGCUGCAUCUGCGCAGGUCUGGCCAGAGCUCGUGUCAGACUGCAUCAAAGGUGUGCCUAGGGGAGACGUGUGGCAGCACGGCUCGGUCCUCGCUGAAUGUCUGUACAACUGGGUCCUUACUUGUCUAGCACUUGCAGAGCUCACACAGAAACUGCCAUGUGCAAAAGCCCCAUCUCUAGCCUCCUUGACACCAAGCCCCAGUCUGACUGCAGAUAAGUCAUCAGACAUGCUGUUGUCCCCAAACGCUAGCAGUUCUCUUAUUUGAUGUUACUCCUUCUAUUGUUUGUAUGUUUGGGAUUUGUAGGUAUGAAAUGUUUGUUGCUUUAAAGGGUUGGAAAGCCAAUAGUCCUAGCUAAAUCAACUAUUUCGGGCUGUGAAAGGGAACAAUUGUGCUACCAAAGGUAGGUCACUAAUGUCAGGGGACUUGAUUGCACAGAUUACUCUCUGGCUUUUGUUUAAUUCUGACGAGAGGAAAGAGAGAGCGGGGUUAGAUAAGAGGGCAAAAUGAAAUGCGUAUGUCUGCCCAGUUACAUGGGUCACGAAUAACAGAAAAGAGAGAGUCACUUCUCUAAAAUCACUUUAGAGUCAUGUUAACCUAACGGACUGUAAGAGAGCUGGUGUUACCCUGAAUGGGAAGUGCAUUUAUUGUAGAAAAGCCCUCUACUUUUAAUACAGCAUAAAGAGUUUUUUAUUGGGUUAAAGCUGGUGGUUACGGCAAACUUUCCUGACUGGUGCAAGAUUCCAUCUUUGCAAUAAUGUAUCUUUUGGCAGAACCUGUUUUUAAUAAAAUUUUGGGAAAUUAAACUUCUUUUUUCUUUAUUUACUUGACAAAGUGUAAUGUCUACCAAAUAAUUUGUAAUUGGAGAUUGCAGGUUGCUUUUUAACCUCUUCAGAUAAGAUA